AUGGUUGAUUGGGAGGGUAAGAUAGCUUUCUACUUUCUGGCUUUGAAUGGGUAUUUACAGUCUGGAACUUGGCCGUUCGAAGAUCUGGUAGAUAGAAAAGAUAUAUAUGAUCGAAACCCUCUUUAUAAUCUACUUCAAGGAAAGACCGAUUAUGUUACUGGCGUCCGUAACUACAUAACAGAGCUGGAGAAAGCAGGCAUUUGUUUUGGCGAUUUGAAAGAUUCCACAGGGCAAACAACUUUGCACGUGGCUACUUUAGACGGCAAAAUACAUCAAGUAAAUGUUCUCCUUUCUAUGUUGCGACAUCCAAAAACAUAUGUGAGGAGAGCUGAUUACCUGGGGCAAACCGCGCUUCACAAAGCUGCAGGACGAGGACACUUGGACACCAUGAAAGUUCUCCUUCACUGGGGAGCCCAGCCGCUUCUUGAACGAGAUAGUGAUGGGAGAACGGCUAUGCAUUACACGGUCCAAGCAAAAUCUGGAAUUUGUAUUGACGAUACUGAUAUGACAAAAGAGCUGCUUGCGAGAGGUGGCCAAAUUACUGACAUCGAAGAUCAAAGAUGGAUAAAAGAGUUAGGACCAGCAGAGGAAGCCAAUGUUCGGAAAGUUUGGGAAGAAAUUCAAACAAUUGCAGAGCAGGGAAAUGAUCAGCCGACAGUAGUAGACAAUCUCGGAAGAGAUGAUUUUGCACGCAGCCUUGCCGCGUUAUUGUUGAACCCUUAUUUAGAACCACCUAUUGCUAUUGGUAUAUCUGAUACCUGGGGCAAGGGAAAAUCUAGUAUGAUGAUACAGAUGGAGAUUAAUUUACUCAAGACAGCGGCUCAAUCAUCGUUAUUGCCAACUUCAAAAUUGCCUCACAGUUCCAGCUUUCUUGGAGCUCAAAUCCUGGAACUAUCAGCAAAUGGCAAAAAGAUAUACAAAGAGGUUGAGAGAUGGGUUGAUUUCAUGAAAAAUGACUCAAAAUUUGAUACAAACUAUUUUUAA